CAGUUCUCUCAGUUGGUCUCGAGAUCGCGAAUUGUCUGGACGUCUUUCUGCGGGCCGAGUUGUCCCGACCAUUGCUGUGCCGUUGGCAGAGAAAAAGCAACCAAGAAUCCAAGUGACCGUAAAAUCCAUAUAAAACGCCGAAAAUUACAAGUGCGUAAUCAGAGGAGAAGUGCAAAGGAAGAGAGUCGCCGAAACCACGUUCGUUCCCUUUGCAGUUGUCAAAUUUGUUGGUAUCUAGACAGGCCGCAGCCAAGUACAGAUAGAAGAUACGCCCAAAAUAGUACUCGCCCGGAACAGGCAAAAUAAAACGAGUAAUUGAGCCGUUAAAGUGUGUAGUGUAAAUAAAUUUUCCGGCACGUCAACAGCGGCGAGCGGAGUUAGUGAAAAGUGCUUCGAAGACUGUCGAGUUUGGUGGGUGCGAGCCAAAGCCGGUGGCGGAUUUUCCAGCGAUUGUCCGAGCUGAAGUGAAGUGAAUUUCCAGAACGGGAUUAAUGCCAAGCGAUCCGCCCCUAAGUGAUUAAGCUAUUUCGCAACAUAAACAAAUCGAAGCAAAGGUUAGUGUGCGCCAAAUUCUGGUACGAGCCUCUGGGUGUCCUUGCCUAUUAACGAACUGAUCCGUGCCGCGAGUGUGUCUUCUGGCUGGUGUGCUACAGGACAAUUGUGCAUUGCCUCCGAUUGUUGCAUUUGUCGCGGCGGAUCAAGGUGUCAUGCCUGCACCAGUCUUGGGUCGCAUUGAAAUUCCGCAUACAAACUGUGACAGACUCCCCAAAAGCAAAAACAGACGUUCAAGUGGCUGUAAUUGCUCCCCGGCCGCGUCUAGAAACAGACUAACCACCGACGGUAGUUGCCAUUGUGGUGGUUCCCUGAGCAGCGCUAGCAGGAGUGUGCUGUUGCGACGAGCGCGAGCAGCACCCUUCGCAGCCCCAACCACCCUCAGUGUCAUCCCUCGCUCAAGCAUUACUCAUUGUAAAAUUUCUAGUAAAACAGUGAUUAUUGUGAAAUUCAGAGGAAACAAACUGAAAAACAAGCCACGACGGCUGUAGGACGUUGCGUGAACAGAAGACCGGGAGGCUUGAAGCUUUCCCCCCUCAGAACUGGACGUGUGAACUCUUUAAGCAAGUGUUGAACUGUUCUGUUUAGAUCAGGAGUUUGAGCCAGGACUCGAUUCGUUGAGUGAAUUUUGAGUUGUAUCUGCAACCUCUGAGGAACGAGGAGUUUUUUUUUUGAUCUCCGGAUUGCUGAGAAGUGAUUUUUUUUUUAAAACUGAAAUUUCGUUUGCCUGUACUGUGCACAGGAGCUUCCCGCUCCCAGGGACAGGAAAUUUAUGAGAAAGUGUUCAUUUUUUGAAGGAAGGAUAUACAGAUUGUGAUAGAGAAAUAUAUUAUUUGUGAUAAAAAUAGUUUUAUAUAAAAAAUAAGAAAGAAACCCCGCAAGAGAAUAUUCUAUUUUUGUUGAGAUUCAUCAGAAGGAGUUACGGAAAAACGUAUUUGAAAUUCGAAAUCAAAAUUUGGAGAGAUUUCUGUUCAAAGUAAAACACAACAAAUUAACCAUGGAUGAGAUUUCUAUUUUUUUGUCCGAUAUGGACGAUAUUCUACCUAAUAAACACACUCCAUACUUGGACUUUGCAUUUGGUGACACAGUUCACGGAGAUUGCAAGAUGUUAGAAUCAGAUGGUCUACCCCCGCUAUUCGACACAAAUAUUAUCGAAGGAAUUUACCCGCAGAUGGAAAAUAACAAAUAUGAAAUUCGUUUGCAUGAUUGCAUGUGGUCCGGUCGCUGCAAAACUGAUAUGGAAAAGAACAAAGUAACCGCAGCAAAAGUUUCACAACAUAGCUAUCACCUUCACCACAGUCACAGUUGCAAAGAUGAACAUUAUCUGAGCACGUCACCGAUUCAACCACAAAGAUCGGCACCACCACAAGAAGUCACAAACAAUAUAACCGUGGUGGCUGCGAAAAAACAAAAUUCAAACCCUGCAGUUGUAACAACAGUACUUACCCGACCUGCACCAGUUCAGCGUGACAUAAGCCAUAAGGAUGUCAAAUCAUCAAUUCAAAAUAUCGCUCCCGGAACUUCAUUGCUACUCAAUUCAAGAUUUAAUCAACAAAAGAAACAACAGACAAUUAUAGAUAGCCACAAACAGAACAUCAUCCCAACAGUCAGUGUGGAGAAUUUCCUGAGUCAACGUGAACGGGACAAGCAACAGCAAUCGUAUUUCCUUGAAAUGCGACCGGACAGUCCACUAAGUCUAGAUGAUGAUCCUCCAGAAACUAAACACUCUGUAGAUUUAUCAGCAUGCAUAACAGGAUCAAAUAAUAUUAGCUUGGAUACAUCAUUUUCAAUGUCGGGAAGCAAUCAUCAUGAUAUAGAUAAAAUUUUGAAAAUCAAGACAGAAUUAGAGGAUCCUACAAGUAAAGUGACAGGAGCGAGAACGAACGGUCCACCAACUAUAACUGACGUAUUAACUGUUAUAGAAGACAUAGAUGGUGAUAGAUUACAUGAUAGUCAACCUGAGAUACGUGACGAUCGUUCAGAGUGUGAUUCGGAAGCAAGUGAUGAUUAUCAAAUGAAAUCACAUUCACCGUCAUCUGGUUAUGAAAGUCAAAGUCCUGAAUAUAAUAGUCCACAUAGUGAUCAUAGUUAUACCAGAUCGAAAAGUGGUGUAGAUACAUCUGCAUUGGGAGUAGAGACACCUAGUGAUUCAGAUGAAGAAAUAGACGUAGUUUCUGUGGGCAAUGGUGAUAAGAAGCUCCCAACAAAUCCAUCAGACAAGGACCGUCGUGUCCUUCAAUCAAAUCUUUUGAACAGAUUUACAUCCCGCAUAGGAACAGCGUCAGCCGGUCACCGAACGACACCACUGAAACGUUCCAAGGAUCACAUCGGCCGUCAAAAUCUUUACACCCGAAACGCAGACGGAAAUCCCCAUGUCGGCAAACGACCUAUCUACAGCUCAAUUUCCCCAUCCAGUGUUCACCACCACACCCACAAUAGUAGCAAAUAUUCAAAUAAUCAAUCAUCCCGCAAACGGCAUUCCAUGUCCAGUUACAAGGAUGAUUACAUCCCCUCAAAUAAGCGUAGUCGUGGUAAGAAGCAGCGGCCGUCUGGCAGUCGUAGACAGCAUGCCAACUCAUUCGAUCAGGACGAAGCUGAUACCAUUGAAAAACGCAACUUGCACAAUGACAUGGAACGACAGAGACGAAUUGGGCUGAAAAAUCUGUUUGAAGCCCUCAAACGGCAAAUACCAAGCAUAAAAGAUAAGGACCGAGCACCGAAGGUGAACAUCCUGCGCGAAGCAGCGAAACUUUGUGAGCAACUGACCCGUGAAGAGAACCAAGCGCAAACGAUGAAACAACAGCUUCUGAUGCAACUGCAACGGCGGCAGGCACAUUUGAAGAUGUUGAAAGUGCAGGGAGCUUGAAUUGAAUGACUAAAGAAAGUGCGUCCAGGACGACAGGAAGACGACGAAGGAGAUACCAAAAAGUAUCGGGUCGACGAACCGAGGAGAGAGAGUCGUAUUAUGGUGAAACCUCUUUUAGCGGACAAAUGUAUCGAUAAAGGUUUGUUGAUUUGUUCCUAGAAGGAAGGCCCUCUCAACUGGCGGGCCUUCGUCGCUGAAUUAUAUAGUUGUGUUUGCUUCUGGUAGUUAGUGGAAAGAAUGUUAAGACGGUUCAACCACGCCGGGAAGCUCCUCGCUGACGCGGCGUGGAUUGAGCGGAUGUCCGUUGGUGGAGGUUUUGCGGUGAUACGAGACUACGAUUUAUGUAAAUUACACCAGACUUUAUACUUAUUACAAUCUGCUAAUGGACACUAGAAACAUAUGAAAGAAUCCAGCAAAGAUAUCCAGACAAUGACAAGUGAUUGUAUGUGGGCCUAGGCCGAGAGCAACCGAGCGGGGAGGCGGUGGAUAAACAUUUACAUAGAUAAACCUUAGUACGCGUUUAGACCUAGCGAACGGGGCGAGGCUUCGUUCCCAAACCUUGUGUACAUCUUUAUCCAUUUGUAAUAAUUAUUUUUUGUUUCCUAUUAAGUUUUACGAUGUCUUUCUGAUCUAAUAUUACCUACAAAGUGUUUUCUUUAUCCUCUGGAAUGGUAAGAAACAGAAAUUCUAAACGGAAAUAUUUAAUUUCAAUGCAAAAAUGCAAAACAAACUGUAACAAGAUUUAGGAAGAUAGUGAUAGUGAUGAAAAGGGAGGAGUAAGUUGUAAUUAAGAAAAUUCAAAAUUCAGAAACGGGUCAGAGUCACAUUGGAAGCUGAAAGAUGCUCUGACUGUACAACUGUCGAUUUAUAUUUAAAUAAUAUAUUUGUAGUAGUUCUAGUUUCGAAUGUGAAAUUUAAAUAUAUAUGAACAUAUAUUAUUAACUAGUUUUCUAGCUUAUACAGAUAUUCUACUAUUAAUUCUACGCUAUGGAAGCUGUAAUUAUAUCCGGAUUAAUUAACACAACUACGUUUACUGUAAACAUACAAUACUAGGAGAGAUAACGAAGUAUCUUAAUAAAAUAUGAAUUUUCUUUUCUUAUUGCUUUGAAUAUAACCAGAAAGAGGUCUUAGAAAGAGAGCAACUCUGCAAAAGAAAAACGCUAGAAGUAGAUACUGAUAUAGAAGACCGCUUACGAAGGAUAAAUUCGUAAUCCAACUACUUAUGUACAUUUGAUUUUUUUAUCUGCAUCAGUCUUUAUUUUAUUGUUCCUCCAAUAAAUUCUUUAGUGACUUUAUUGUGUAAAUAUUUUAUAUCUCGAUCUUUUUUUUUUAUCAUUUCAAAAUGUUUACGAUGCCAAUCCCGAACAUGUUCAACACUUUUCGUUUAUUACCUUUUCUGUUUUCCAUUGAACGCUUAGAUAGCACAGAAUGAAGUAUGAUUUAUUUAUUUUAUUUUUCAAUUAUUAUUUCUUUGACAUUUUAUAUGUUAUGCUAUUCUACUGUUGAGAAAUUAUGGAAAUGUUUGGCAUCCUGAGACAGUUUCUUGUUUUUUUUUUGUACAUAGACUUUAUUGUUUAAGAUUUUGAAUAAUAGAUAAAGAAAAAAAAGGAUCAAGUAUGUUCCCUUUCGUUUUUACUUAUUUUUACAAUUUAUACAUUUUUUCUAGAAAAAACAUGAAAAUAUAAAACAAACAAAAACAUAUACCUAAACAAAAGAAAAAAGCAAUAGAAGAAUAUGCUUAAAUUCAGUAAUGAAAAUGCAAACCUGAAUACAGUGAAUUUGUUUUGUCAAGCCAAGUUAUAUUGAAGAAUGAAAAAAAAAAUAAUAAAGAAAUCGGAAAGCUGAAAACAAUUGAAAGUGAAAGAUAUAUUGUGAAUGAAAAAAGAAAAUAAAAGUCUUGAAAAACAAAACCUAAAA